AUGGCCGACCUGCCCACCGUCUACGUCCUCGAUCCCUACCACCCCGAUGCCAUCGCCCGAUUAACCUCCACGCCCAACAUCCGCUACGUGCUGCCCUCCGACCCAGCCAAGGCGUCGUGGCACCAACACGCCACGGCCCUGCUGGUGCGGUCCGAGACGAAAAUCCGCGCCGACGACUUCCAGCGCGCUGAGAAGCUCAAGGUCAUUGUGAAACAGGGCGUUGGCGUCGACAACAUCGACCUCGACGCCGCCCGCAGCCGCGGCAUCGUCGUGUGCAACACCCCCGCGCUCAACAGCGAAGCUGUCGCCGAGCUGACGAUCUCGCUCGCGCUGGCCGUCGCGCGCCGCGUCUGCGAGCUCGACCGCCUCAUCCGGCAGGGCCAGACGGUCGUCCGCAGCGAGAUGCUCGGCCGGAGCCUGUUCCGCAAGACGGUGGGCAUCGUCGGGAUGGGCAACAUCGGGCGCGUCGUGGCGCGCAAGUGGAUCGGCGCCAUGGAGGGCUCUAUCGUCGCGUACGACCCGUUCGUUGCCGACGGCGCCUGGAGCGAUAUCCCGCACGAGCGCGUCACGGAGCUGGCGGAGCUGCUGCGCAAGGCGGACGUCGUGACGCUGCAUGUGCCGCUGACGGAGCAGACGCGCGGGCUGAUCGGGCGCGAGCACCUGGCGCUGAUGAAGAAGGAGGCCAUCCUGAUCAACUGCGCGCGAGGGGGGAUUGUCGACGAGAAAGCGCUGCUGGAGGCGCUGCAGAAGAGGACUAUCUUUGGUGCCGCGCUGGACGCGAUGGACGUCGAGCCGCCGACGACGGAGGCGUAUGGCGAAGGACUGCUAGCGUGUCCGAAUGUGAUCAUGACGCCGCAUGUUGGGGCGUCGACGGUGGAGAAUCAGAGUCGCAGCGGCGUGGCGGUGGUUGAGACGCUGCUGGCGGUGCUGGAGGGGAAGGAUGUUCCAAAUAGGGUGGUAUAA